AUGAGAUUUGAGAAGAACAAGGCAGAUUGCCAUUUUAUUUAUGAAGGCAGAGAUGUCAAUGUGAAAGGUGUUGUAAACGAGGACCUGGGAAAUUUGGAUCCCCUCUCAGUGACUUUCAGCUUCAAUGUGCCACCAGAGAAUAGGAAGAAGGAUACCAAUGUUGAGGAGGAGGGGAAUGAAGAUUCUACAUCAGAUCACCAGGGUGCUAGAUGCAGCAAAUACACCAAAGCCAAGUUGAUAAAUAAUGGGAAUUCACAAAUAUUUCAGGAUUAA